UUACGCUUCGCGUAAACCGCGCCCUUAAUGGCAAACUCUUCCACUUCUUCCACUUCUCAAAGCCAUUCAGAGAAAAAGCAACCCUUCCAUUUUCGAGCAACGUUCAAAACUCAAGAUAUACACCUCGUCGCUAACAUUCGAAAACUCCAUCAACACACCAUAGAACUCUCGAUCAAGAAUCUCCAGAGAGAACAAAGCUAUAAUACUCAAGAGAAAAUGGCAGCAAGAAACCAACCUGGAAGAAACCAAACAAAAGACCUUAAGUGUGCAACACAUCUGCUAAGUGAUAAAUUCAGAAACAUGAGUGAGCAGAAGAAAACGAUUGUGAGGGAUUUGGGAUUCGGUGGCUUGAUGCACAUCCCACCACUAAGGGUGCAUCACCAAGUGUUAAGGGAGCUGGCUAACAACUUCAAAUUAGGGGAGAACAGACUGAAAACCGGAUACGGUUCUUUUAAAAUAACCCCAAGAAAAAUAGGUCAUGCGCUUGGCAUCAACGCAACAGGAGGUCUAUUUCCUCAGAAAGUCAAUUAUAAGAAACUUUCUGAGGAUGACAAAGUAAUUUUUAGAAGAUUCCAGGGUAAGACCCUCAAAAGUCUUACAGAUGAGAUGAUGGAUAUUGGCGUUGGUAACGAAGAGGAUCGCCUAAUGUUCAAGAGGAUUUUCAUCCUCUAUAUACAGAUGGCGUUCCUUUUGCCAACGACAAUAAACAAAAUCUCGCCUGUGCACCUGGCCCCAAUUUUUGAGAUGGACAGCAUAACGGAGCGAAACUGGGGAGGGCAUGUUUUGACCUUUAUCAUCAAGGGCAUAACCGACUAUAAGGAGAAAAAGAAGAAGGCAAUUGAUGGCUGCCUUUUUGCCCUGAUGAUAAUUUACUUUCAUCUUUCUAAAAAUAAAGGCAAGAAGAGGGCUGAAAGACCGCGAAAACCCUGGAUUGCCAACUGGAGUAAGGAGCAGUUGGUCGAAAGAAUGAAUGCAGAAACAGAGAAAAUUUUGGGGAUUGUAAAGAUGGCGCAAACAAGAGAGAAAAUGAAAAAAAUAGAGGAAAAAGAAAAAAAAACAAGAAAUCAAAAAAAUAAAAAAAAGAAAGGCAAGUUCAACAUCGUCUUUAGAGAAAGAAACAACUGAUAGUGACAGUUCUACCUCUGAGUCUGAGACUCAAGAAGACUCAGAGGAUUCAGCAAGAAAACAAUCCAGCAAAGAGAG